AUGACCGAUUCAAUGACCAACAAUACUGUUGGAAACAUCAACAACACUACACAACCCCUUCAACAACCAACCACUCAACCAAAUAAUAUUAUUAUUCGAAACAAAAAGACUCAUGUAAAUUAUUUCAACAAUAAUAAUAACCAACUACAACAACAGGAAAGAUUGCCUUCCAUAUCAGAGUGGUUUGCGCAACCCUCUACAAAACAAGACAAUUUUCAUACAACAAGUCAACAAACAAUAGAAUUUGCAAGUAGUAAUUGUAAUAGUACUAAUAAUUAUCAUCAGACACAACUCACAAAUAAUAGUAUGAUAGUUAGGAAUAGAUCAAUUUCAAAUGGUACCACAAAUGGUUCACAAACAAUCGAUUCAGUGUCACAACAAUCAAACAUAACGCAACAAAACAAAUUUCCUCAUUCUAAUGGAAGAGGUAAAGCACCUCAUUCAAGAGUUAGAAGUGUACCACCUGUAAUGAUGGGCAACACUUCAUAUUUGAACACCAAUAAUCAAAUCUUAUCACCAAACAAUACAGAUAUCAUAACGAGUUUUACAACUAAUAACCUACACCCUGCCACAACGUCUUCAAGUACUGCUAUUCACACGAACAGUGGUGCAGGUUAUAACUCAUGUAAUAAUUUUAAUAUUUGUGGUAAUUCCAACAAUUGUAAUACAUUAAUCAAACAAAGUUCACCUUUACCAUUCAACAACGGUAAUACAAGUAUAUUCCAAACUGUAGUCAUUAAUUCUCAAAAUCAUCAAAAAUCAAGUACACCAUCAACACCUACAAGUCAACCACUUGGCAAUGAAUCAAAGAAUGACUUUGUACUUGUAAUAGAAAAUGAAGAAUCCAUCAAACAAUAUUCAGAAAGAGCAUCAUUACAUAAUCCAAAUCCCUUUAAUCCUCUUUCAAGAAGAAUAUCUGCAAAGGAAGUUUGGAAUUCGAUAGCUGCAGCUACCCAAGCAAACAAAAUCAUUUCAAGUAACUCACCCAAAAUUAAAAAAUCGAACAAAAUGUCAAACUCAAUACAUGCACCAAGUAGAAAUAGAUCCUUCUCUCCAACAAGUUCAAGUAACACAUGCACCAAUUUAACUCAGAACAGCAACCAAUCCUCAUUACCACUUUCUUCAAUAACUAUCAGAAGUAGAAAGAGAAGUAAUAGUAAUCCAUUGGUUCUACCGUUUGACAAACUAUCUCUUGAUGAUAGUGAAAAAUUUAGUCAAAAGCAAAGUAAUACUGAAAAUUCAGAUCAGUUACACUUAUUGGGUAAUGAAUUUGUUGAUUUUUCGAAUGGAGAACAUGAAAGCCAGAGAAAAAAUCGAGGAGAAAAAGUUUUCAAAUUUAAAAUGAUAAAUUUCUAA